AUGUCGAAAAUCACAGUCGCCGGAGUGCGCACCAACGUGCAACAACUACUUGACUACUCUUUGAACGAGAAGAAGCGAAACUUCCUCGAGACCGUCGAACUCCAAAUCGGCCUCAAGAACUAUGAUCCUCAGCGUGACAAGCGUUUCUCUGGUACCAUCAAGCUGCCAACCGUUCCUCGCCCGGGCAUGGCCAUCUGUGUCCUCGGUGACCAGCACGAUAUCGACCGAGCCAAGCACCACGGCGUUGACGCCAUGUCAGCCGAUGACUUGAAGAAACUCAACAAGAACAAGAAGCUGAUCAAGAAGCUUGCCCGCAAGUACGACGCCUUCGUGUCCUCCGAAACCCUGAUCAAGCAAAUCCCCCGUCUCUUGGGCCCGGGUCUUUCCAAAGCCGGCAAAUUCCCCACCCCUAUCUCGCACAACGAAGACCUCGCACAGAAGAUCACCGAAGUCAAGUCCACCAUCAAGUUCCAGCUGAAGAAGGUGCUCUGCUUGGGUGUCGCGGUCGGAAACGUCGGCAUGACUGAGGACGAGCUCAUCAGCAACAUCAUGUUGUCCAUCAACUACCUCGUGUCGUUGUUGAAGAAGGGAUGGCAGAACGUCGGCAGCUUGACCGUCAAGGCUAGCAUGAGCCCUCCUAAGAGAUUGUAUUAA